AUGAUUGAGAGUAUGGUUCCUACAAUCCACGCCUGCACCGAUGCCAGCCCGGUUGUUGAUGUGGUCCUUGUCCACGAGCUAAGUUCACACGAGAAUACGGUAUGGGAACAGUCGGACAUUCCUAUCAGAUGGCUAAGAGAUGCGCUGCCGGCCACUCUGCCCCCUGCAAGACUUCUGUCCUACGGGUACGAUGCCGAUAUAUCUCUACACAGGCCUGAGGUUUCGCAGUCGUCUAUCGAUGCAAACGCACACCAGCUACAUGAAAUGCUACAAUUAAAGAGAGUCAGAGCCGACGAAAUGAUCCGGCCCAUAAUAUUUAUGACCCACAGUCUGGGUGGGGUCGUCGUCAACCAAGCACUAAGAAUCGCAAAGCUGAAAUCCCGUCGCACAAUAUUUGACCACUGUCAAGGUGUUGUGUUUCUUGGGAGAUCAUGUCCUACCACACAUCCUCUCAUAAGCCCUCCAACUCCAUUAUGGAAGGCUAUCUACAACCUAGGAUACCAUGCAGGCCUCGUUCUCUGCCAGCUCGGUUGUACAGCUGUGGUCGCAAACUAUCAACCAACAGGCCCCAGGCGCGUCGCAGACAAUAAAGGCGGAUUCAGCCACCUCGACCCAUCACCUACGUUCUUCGUCUUCGCGGUGCUCGGGUACUUCCUUUCUUUUAUGACAAGCUAUAGUACACUGGAGAGAACGCCUUAUCAAACAUACCUCUUAGUGAUCGGCUUCACCCUAGGAGCGGCGAUAUCAGUGUACAUGCUAGUCCAACAAAUAUCUUCGAACGUGCUUACAGCUGUCAUGCCCUUAUGCCUGACCUCUGCUCUGAUGGGGUGUACUGUCUCAGAUUUCAUUUCGAGCUUGUCGCAUCAAGCUGACGCAGAAUCUGCAUUAAAUCUCAUGCAAGCAUGGGCUACCAGCGUCAAGGUUCCAAGUGAACAAGUCAAUGGAGAGAAGCUGUGA